UAGUGUGUCGACUUGAAAAUGGAGUUCGAGGAAGGGAGAUGUGUUGCAAGUUCUCAUUGAAUUUUAAUUGUGUUUUUGCAUUUUUGGUAUUAAACUUUUUCAACUCUGAAGAUUGGAAAUUUAUCCUCGGAGGACGAUACUGUAACUUUUCACCAUACCGUCAGCCGAGGUUGCGUUAAGAAUUACUACCUUUAAUGUGCCAAAUGUCGUGUGUUUGGUGGUUUUAUUAAGCGCUGGAGUUUAGUUGAUUGUUGCUGAGGGUGAUGAUGGUGAGGAUGUUGAUGUUGUGGUGGUCAAAUUGUGCUGCAGGAAAAGAAAUAACGGCUUCCAGACUGCUUUUCACGUUUUUAAUUUAGAUGCUAUUUCCUGCUUUUAGAAAGAAAGCCGCGAUGCAUUUUUAAAGAUCUGAUAUAUUUUUUAGACUUUAUAUAAACAAGUUUUUUUCUGAAAGAAAAUGGUGAUAUUUGCGGUUAAUUUCCCCGCCGUGGCUCCCUCGUCGGUGUUACUGCUAGGAUUUGGAUCCCGGUGAGAAAAGAUGAGCGAAGAAUCGGGAAAUCCAAACAACGAUGAUAGUUAUGCACGCGUGCGAGCAGUGGUGAUGACCCGAGAUGACUCAAGUGGUGGAUGGCUGCCGUGGGGAGGGGGUGGACUCAGCUGUGUUACGGUCUACAAAGUCAAUCGUCAGGAAGAAAAUGGCUGCACCGAUUUUCUUAUCCAUGGAGAGAGACUAAAGGACAAAACAGUGGUAUUGGAGUGUAUAUUGAAAAAGGACCUGGUAUACAACAAGGUGACCCCAAUAUUUCACCACUGGAGGAUCAGUGACAAAAAGUUUGGACUCACUUUUCAGAGUCCUGCUGAUGCAAGAGCAUUCGACAGAGGCAUUCGCAGAGCCAUCGAGGAUAUCCACCAAGGUUGCCCAACAUCAUACAAUGAACCAGAAAUUGAUGAAGAUGGCUUACAAGCAAACCAAGAAUAUACUUCUAACAAUACCCCAACAAAAGAGCCAUUCUCUCGACACAACAGUGUAGUGACCAAUGAGCCUUGUAGAAGCUGCUAUGUCAGAGCCCAGCCAUUUGAGGAGUUUAAUUCUUCCAGAAGACUUUAUUUUCCUCCCCAUCAAAACCAGGUCUCAUUCAAGCCAACACGACACGUUAGCUUUCAAGAUGAAGAUGAAAUAGUUCGAAUAAACCCUCGAAAGGACGUUUUAAUUCGAGGCUACGAGGAUUAUCGUCAUCCUAUUAUGUGGAAAAAUGACUUGGAAAGGGAGGACACAGAUUCCAGUGUUCCGUUUUCCAAACCAGACUCUAAAACGUCUGAAUACCUUUAUCCCUGCAGUGAUGGACCUGAAUCCAACCCAAUCAAAGACACCAAGAGUUCGGUGGUGUUUAAAACCCAGCCUUCUCCACUACUGAAACCGAAAAAGUCAAGACGGAGGAAGGAGGAUGGGGAGCGCUCGCGCUGUAUAUACUGCAGAGAAAUGUUUAACCAUGAGGAUAACUGGAGAGGACAAUGCCAGGAUGCUCCAGAUCCCAUAAAGAGAUGCAUUUAUAAAGUGAGCUGCAUGCUUUGUGCGGAGAGCAUGCUCUACCACUGCAUGUCGGAUUCAGAGGGCGAUUUCUCAGACCCUUGCUCAUGCGACACUAGUGACGACAAAUUCUGCCUGCGAUGGCUAGCACUUCUAGCCUUGUCUUUUAUUGCACCCUGUAUGUGCUGCUACCUUCCCCUAAGGGUAUGUCACCACUGCGGUGAAGCAUGUAGGUGCUGUGGAGGGAAGCACAAAGCAGCUGGAUGAAAGAAAAGCCUGCAUAAAAGGAAGCGGAGCUUAACAUCUUUUUAUCUCCAGGAAGCAUCUAUCUUGGAUCUUUUGGAGAUUUGUUUUGGCCAGCAGAACCGGAUUACCGUCUGCACAAGGAGCCAUGUUAUAAAGCUUGAUCAGAGGAAGCAGUGGAGAUUACUAAACAAGGCCACCAUGCCUAACUUCAUUCAAACGCAUAGUGUAACUUGUGAAGGAGCUUUUGGGGGGUUUUUUUGUGAAGAAAGCAAUUUCUUGCUUUUUCGGCUACAUGCGGAGAGUAUAUAGUAUGAUUUUAUGCUAAAAGGGAUUGUUCUUGCAUUAUUUUUUUGUACAUUUGCAAUUGGGUAACAGGGGCCUUUCAUUACUAAAGCAUUUACUGACAAUGUAAUUAUUAGACUAAAAAUACACUUGAUGGUCGGUUUAAUUUUAAAGAUCAGUUAACAGUGGUGAGUGCAACUUAAUCCCUUGCUUUGCAGUGAGAUGUUCUGUGGUGGACUUUUUUUUCUGUGUCAAAAGAACGAUGCCAUAUAAUUUAACAAAAAUCAAGGUAUGAUUUUGAUAUUGUUUUUCUGUAAGUAGAGUGCCACUUAAUUUUUUUUUUUUGUACCCUCCCCUCCACAUCCCAUCUCCAAUAUAUUUUAUUCCACAUGUCGACUAAAACAUUAUCUUAUUUAUGUUACUGAAAAUAUACAUACAUUUGAAGUAUUGUUAUCGUUGUAUUCUAAAAAGGUGAUGACCAAUAUUUUCUUCACACACACGCAGGCUAAAUCCAACUCCCCCUUUUUUUGUUAAGAAUGAAACUAUAUUAAGAUUUAAGAUAUUCAUCAGUUUUGACAAACUGACGUUUUGCUCAACCAGCAAGUUUUUUUUUUUUUUGUCCAAUACAAGAUUGUUGUAUUACCUGUACAACUGCUGAACACUUCAGAUUAGAGAGAGAGAGAGUGUCAUGAUUAGAAUCCCUUAUUUAAGUAUUCAAUGCCAAGCUUUGAUUACAUAACGGUGACCAAAUGUAGGUACUGUGAAUAUUCCUUAUUUUUCAAAAUUGGAUGGUGUACGGUGCAUCUCUGACCACCUCAUUCAUAUAAAUACAUUUUCAGUAGACAGACAUUUUUAAUUUUUAAUGAUGGAAAUGUCCCAAGCAAUUUUUUUUUCUAUUGGUCACUUCAAUAGUACAUAAUAUUAUCAUCAUUAUUAUAAUUUAUAUACUGUGUAGGUAGAAAUUAAUUUAAGAUGACCAUGCGAUAAUCACUUUAAAACUACUAUUUCAUUGUUUUAACCAGUAUUCACAUUUUUUUUAAUGUAAUGCAUACAUUUAAAGUUUGCACCUGAAAAAAAAGUGCCGAUUUUGAAAGUGUACUUUUUUUUGGUAAGGUUGGUAAAACAUAAAUCAUUUAUGCUAUAGAACUGGUGGCAAAUACCACUUUAUGUUUAGUAUGGCUUAGGAACUUUGUGUUAAAAUAUAUUUCUCCUUCAAGCCAGAAUCAAUAAAUCCUGGUCAGGAAACCUGCACAGACUGUAUUUACUGUCAUUGUGGUAUGUGUUGGGAAUUUCAGUAAGCCUACAGUAAGCUCUUGCUUUAGGGUUACAUAUAUAACCUAGUAGUUCAUGCAUAAAAACACAUGACAGCUGGCAUCCAGGGGCGUUCUGCUUCCAAACCUAAUUCUACAUAGGUGGUGACACUAAGUAUUUCUUUCCUUUUCUAUGCAACUUUUAACUUGGGGAAAUACUAAAAUUUUGUCUGUCUAAUUUAAUUAAAAUAUUUGACACUUUAAUAUUUGUAGAUGUUAACCCAGGUACCAAACGCUAAACAAUUGUAAAUAAAUAACACUAUUUAAGAAAAGAAAAAAAAAAAAAAUUCCCAACAUAGGUUUUAAAAAAAACAAAAAAACCUUAUUUAUCAAUAGCUGUGAGUAUAUA